CCUCUCGCUUUGCCGAACUCACAGAACUCGCCGCUGUCUCCUCCCUCGCCUUCUAUCUAGAUCCUCUCUGUCCGAUCAAUUCUCCCGAUCGGACAUCCGUCGGGAAAAAUGGCACCAACAUCGGUAUCUCCGACGCCGCUUCUCAAGGACGAGCUCGACAUCGUGAUCCCGACAAUCCGGAACCUUGAUUUCCUCGAGAUGUGGCGGCCGUUCUUCGAGCAGUACCAUCUGAUCAUCGUCCAGGACGGCGACCCGUCUAAGACCAUCCGCGUCCCCGACGGAUUCGACUACGAGCUCCACAACCGCAACGACAUCAACCGUAUCCUCGGCCCCAAAGCCUCCUGCAUCUCCUUCAAGGACUCCGCCUGCCGCUGCUUCGGCUACAUGGUCUCCAAGAAGAAGUACAUCUACACCAUUGAUGAUGAUUGCUUCGUUGCUAAAGAUCCCUCCGGCAAAGACAUUAAUGCACUUGAGCAGCACAUCAAGAACCUUCUGUCCCCAUCAACUCCGUUUUUCUUCAACACCCUUUAUGAUCCAUACCGAGAGGGGGCUGAUUUUGUCCGUGGAUACCCUUUCAGUCUCCGUGAAGGUGUUCCGACUGCAGUGUCUCAUGGUCUCUGGCUCAACAUCCCUGAUUAUGAUGCUCCGACUCAGCUCGUGAAGCCUCUUGAAAGGAACACUAGGUUUGUGGAUGCUGUUAUGACAAUUCCCAAGGGAACCCUCUUUCCCAUGUGUGGCAUGAAUCUCGCAUUCAACCGCGAAUUGAUUGGGCCUGCAAUGUACUUUGGACUUAUGGGCGAUGGUCAGCCUAUCGGACGCUACGAUGACAUGUGGGCUGGCUGGUGCACAAAGGUAAUAUGCGAUCACUUGGGAUUGGGUGUCAAGACAGGGCUUCCAUAUAUCUAUCACAGCAAAGCCAGCAACCCGUUUGUGAACCUUAAGAAGGAAUACAAAGGCAUCUACUGGCAAGAGGAGCUCAUCCCAUUUUUCCAAUCGGUCAUCCUCCCCAAGGACUGCACCACCGUGCAAAAAUGCUAUCUCGAACUGUCCAAGCAGGUGAAGGUGAAGCUGGCGAAGGUGGACGACUACUUCCUCAAGCUGGCGGAUGCGAUGGUUACGUGGAUUGAGGCAUGGGAUGAACUCAACCCAUCGGGAGGCGAAUCUGCAGAGGUAGCCAACGGGCCAGGGAAAUAGAAAAAGCCGAUUUAGGAGUUACUGGUAUUCGGUGUUCCGGUAGACCUUGGCUUGGUAGGGUGCGGCAGACUUUUUGCAUUGGAACUUUUGCUUUGCGAAAAAGGUCUUUAGAAUAUUUGUUCUUUGUUUUUGCAGGCCUGGAGGGUUGGAAGUUACUAUGUUUGUUAUUUAGAAUUGAGUUUAGAACAAUAAUUUAUUGCGUCAUUCCUAUUUAAUCUAGAUUCGGCAUUGCUUGGUGUUA